GUAACCUACUUCUAUGGAAUGAAAAUGAAGUAUGGAAUGCUCCGGAAAACUUCUGUGUAGUUUCUUGUGCCUGGAGUUGGCUGCUUUAUUAAUGUUCGUCUUUUGCCUUAUAUUACAUGCAUUGAAUGGCGGUACGUUCAGUGUUUCAGAUGUCGUUUUUAUCUCAUCUGUGCUAACUAUUUGUCUUUUUAUAAUGACCAUUACUAUAUGCUUGUGCCUGGCUCCAACUUGCAGACCUGCCGUGACUUUAAAACUUCGUAAUCGACGUAAACAUAUUGAUUCAGAGGAUGUGAUCACAAGGAAACUUACAGUUUUGCACGACACAUUGGAUCACGAUUGUCCAAUAUGUCUGACAACAACGCAGAAAUUGACUGUGCAACUGAGCUGCAAACAUGAAUACCAUGAAUCAUGUAUUAGAGAAUGGUUUGAAAGAUCCGGGAACUUUCGUUGUCCAGGGUGCCGCCAAGAGUGCUUGGACCAGACAGAGAGAACACCAGAUGUUUCAUCUGUUGUUCAAACGAUAAAGAAAGACGACAUUUCAACCUUUCCUCUCAUUGAAAACGUUUAGAAAUGUUGUUUUGUUUGUUUUUGUUUUUACGCAAAUUCCAGACUGAUAUUAUUUUUAUAUACUUUUUUGUAUAUCUGUCUAUGUAUAGGUAUAUUGACAUAUCUUUUUUUAAAAGAACACAAGUCAUUCAAUAGCAUGUAUGCAAGUGACAACUUUUUAAAUUUAUAAGAUA